AUGGAACCUUCUUUAACGCCCAUGCAGGUCGAUGGAGGCAAUCUAGCAACCUCAAGAACUCGUCUACAACCAGCCAUCAUCAUCAUCGCCUCGACGACCCUAGUCUUUACAGGAUGUGGAAUAAACUUCGCAUUCGGUGUCUUCCAAGAACUGUACGAUUCCAUGUCAAAGGAGCCAAACACGCCAUUCACCGGCGCAACACCCGCGCAAAUUGACCUGAUCGGUACUCUCUCAAUCGCACUGAUGACAAUCGGCGCUCCAUUCGCAACAGCGUGGACAAAGCAAUACCCCCCUCGAUAUGUCAUCUGGGCUAGCGGAAUAAUCCACUCAAGCGCUCUACUUUUUGCAAGUUUCAGUCAACAUUUGUGGCAAUUCAUUCUCACUCAAGGCGUUCUUCUCGGCAUGGCCACGUGUCUGACUUACAUGCCAUCUGUAACCGUGGCACCCACCUGGUUCACACUGCACCGCGGACUAGCAAUGGGGAUAAUUCUUGCAGGAACCGGAAUUGGCGGUGUUGCGUGGCCGCUGGCUUUUAGAUACCUCAUUCAGUCUGUCGGAUUCCGGAACACACUCCGCGUGACAGCUGGAAUCUCUUUCGUACUCAUUUGCGGUUCGGGGGCAUUUAUACGCUGGCCUGCUAGCCAAAUCACUCGUAUUCAAGCCGAGAACGCCGCUUCUUCCCGUUCUUCGACCUUCUUCCGCCUUCCCUUGGUUGACUGGCGCGUCGUCCGAAGCCGCAAAUUCGUCGCUCAUGCUCUGGGUGCAGCGCUACAGUCCGCUGCGUACUAUACACCGGUGUUUUUCUUCGCGUCUUUUGCGCGUACACUAGGUUAUUCACAGGCAACAUCGGCAAACUUCAUUGCCAUCUCGAAUGCUGCAAAUGCUAUAGGCAAGGUCGUCAUUGGUCAUGCAGCUGACCGUAUGGGAAGACUCAACACCCUCGUAUUAACGACCCUCAUUUCAGCUGUCUCGGUCCUUGCGUUGUGGCUUCCUUCGUGUCUAUCCUCCACGCAAUCUACCGGGAGCACACUGUUCAUCACUUUCACAAUCUUCUAUGGCAUCUUUGCAUCAGCAUACGUCGCUCUCUUCCCGACAAGCCUGGUCGAGUUGUUCGGUGUACAAAACUUUGUCAGUGUCAAUGGCUUUUUGUAUAUGGUGCGAGGUUUUGCAACAUUAGUUGGAACCCCAGUUGCGGGUGCACUGAUCCGCGGAAAUCACGAGAAGAGCGUUGGUCCGCGAAGCUAUGAAAAUACCAGCAUUAUGGUCGGCGUAUUGCUAGUUGUGGCGACGUUAGCUGUGGUUUGGGCGCGACUUGAGGCUACACUUACUCUUGAUGCUGCAGUGGGGCGCAGAAUGAAGUGGUUAAUGUAA